AUGGAAAUUCUAAGAGCUUGGUUUUUGUUUCAUCUGUUGGCCGUCAACCUUCUUGCCCUCUUGCUUCCCCUCUCGCUCCUCCUCCUCGCUCGCCUCUCUUCCGCCCUCUAUCUCGCCGGACUGCCGUUGCUUCCGCCCCUGUUGCUCUCUCUUGUCCUCUAUCUAACCUCCCCUCUUCUUAUCCUUCUUGUUUCUUUCGUUGUCCUCUCCGCCCUCCUCCACUCCCUCACCGGAAAAUCUGCUCUUCCGACCAAACUGCCUGCCCCUGUCUCCCAACCCCGUCUUUACACUACAUGGAUUUUCCUCUGCACUCUCCAGGUAUGUGUCGGCGUCGGGAUCGAGGGCAGCUUAUCAAGCGGCCUCAACAACGCAGCGGCAGGGCACAUCGAGGGUUGUCUGUGGAGGAGGUUGUUGUUCUUCUUUGGGCUGCACGAGGCGGUGGUGCACUGGACAAGGGCGGUGGUGAAGCCGGUGGUGGACGACACCGUAUUUGGGGAAUCUCGAAAGGAGAGGUGGUUUGAGACGGCGGCGACGGCGGUGAGCUUGGGUGGGGUGUGGUGGUGGCGAUUGAGGGAUGAGGCAGACGCGCUGGUGGUUGUGGCGGAAAUAAAGUGGUUGACGUCGGCGGAAUUGGGUCCGGCGGAGGUUGCUAAUUGGUGCCUGUAUUACAUAAUCGUAGGCAUUGGAAUUGGUAAGAUUGCCAAUUCGGUUGCGUGGUUGGUUCGGAUUUUGGUCUCUAAAAAACAUUCUAAAUGCUCGGAUGAGGUUGUCGUUGUGAACAAUGUUUGA